UGUAGUGGUCCACCAGAUAAGGACAUCUCAAUCAGAUUUGUGAGACAGCAUGAGACACUUGUUGAAUUGUAUCCACAUGAAUUCACAAUCAGUUCAUCGAAUCCACAAAAUCAGACAGUAAGCAUACUCGGUGUUAGACCUGGACAUUUGGAGAUCACGGCUAGAAGUGUACCGAACGAUUCGUGGAUUGUCAACGACUUAUUCGUACGCGUUAUAGUAGCCAAUUCUGAGAUUAUCAAUUACAUAUCGCUCGCAUUUGGCUGGUUUUAUUUUUUAGCCUGGUCCAUCUCAUUUUAUCCACAAAUUUAUAUUAAUUUCAAGCGCAAGUCCGUGGUUGGACUCAACUUGGACUUUCUUGCCUUCAAUGUAGUUGGUUUUGCGUUAUAUGCCGUUUUCAAUUUUGGCCUUUACUGGAUACCCGAAGUACAAACGGAAUACAACAGCCGUCACCCGCGUAGUGUAAAUCCGGUUUUGUUAAACGAUGUAGUUUUUGCACCGAAUGCAUUAUUAGCAACAAUUUUGACAGUCAUGCAAUGUUUCAUUUAUGAGCGCGGCAAUCAAAGAGUCUCAACACUUGCAUCCGGCAUUUUGGGUUUGUUCUUCAUAUUUGUAUUAGUAACCAUGAUUCUCUCUGUACUUGAUAUCCUUCAUUGGCUGGAUUUUCUCUACUACUGUAGCUAUAUUAAAUUAAUAAUAACAAUGGUUAAAUAUAUACCACAGGCACUAAUGAACUAUCGACGCAAAAGUACUGCCGGUUGGAGUAUUGGAACUGUACUAAUGGACUUUGCUGGCGGCGCUUUUAGCAUGCUGCAGAUGAUCUUAAAUGCCUACAAUUAUGAUGAUUGGAUUUCAAUUUUUGGUGAUCCGACUAAAUUCGGUUUGGGCCUACUGUCCGUUAUUUUCGAUAUGUUAUUUAUUCUGCAGCAUUAUGUAUUUUACAGUGGUCCACCAGAUAAAGACAUCUCAAUCAGAUUUGUGAGACAACAUGAAGCACUUGUUGAAUUGUAUCCAAAUGACUUCACAAUCAGUUCAUCGAAUCCACAAAACCAGACAGUAAGCAUACUCGGUGUUAGACCUGGACAUUUGGAGAUCACGGCUAGAAGUUUACCGAACGAUUCGUGGAUCUGUACAUAUAAACUUUUUAUCGACAGUGUCAACGACUUAUUCGUACGCGUUAUAGUAGCCAAUUCUGAGAUUAUCAAUUACAUAUCGCUCGCAUUUGGCUGGUUUUAUUUUUUAGCCUGGUCCAUCUCAUUUUAUCCACAAAUUUAUAUUAAUUUCAAGCGCAAGUCCGUGGUUGGACUCAACUUGGACUUUCUUGCCUUCAAUGUAGUUGGUUUUGCGUUAUAUGCCGUUUUCAAUUUUGGCCUUUACUGGAUACCCGAAGUACAAGCGGAAUACAACAGCCGUCACCCGCGUAGUGUAAAUCCGGUUUUGUUAAAUGAUGUAGUUUUUGCACCGAAUGCAUUAUUAGCAACAAUUUUGACAGUCAUGCAAUGUUUCAUUUAUGAGCGCGGCAAUCAAAGAGUGUCAACACUUGCAUCUGGUAUUUUGGGUUUGUUCUUCAUAUUUGUAUUAGUAACCAUGAUUCUCUCCGUACUUGAUAUCCUUCAUUGGCUGGAUUUUCUCUACUACUGUAGCUAUAUUAAAUUAAUAAUAACAAUGGUUAAAUAUAUACCACAGGCACUAAUGAACUAUCGACGCAAAAGUACUGCGGGUUGGAGUAUUGGAACUGUACUAAUGGACUUUGCUGGCGGCGCUUUUAGCAUGCUGCAGAUGAUCUUAAAUGCCUACAAUUAUGACGAUUGGAUUUCAAUUUUUGGUGAUCCGACUAAAUUCGGUUUGGGCCUACUGUCCGUUAUUUUCGAUAUGUUAUUUAUUCUGCAGCAUUAUGUAUUUUACAGAACGGAGAGUAAUCCACCAGAAAAAUCGUCUAACGGGCUUUAUAAUGGAGCAACGGGGGAGUACUCCUCUUUGGUCAAACAUCCUAAAUGUAAUUGCGAAUCUUUAAGUUUAAAAUAGGCGUAUGGCAUGAAAACCAUUUUAAAUUGGCUAUGAGGCACAUUAUUAUGUAUUAUGUACAUACAAAUGUAUAUUUAUGUAAGUUAU